AUGUCGGAGAUCGUCGAGAUGGGCGAGAACGCCCCCGCGACCAAGAAAGCCCCCGCGGCGAAGAAAGCCGCGGGGCCCGCGAAGGCGAAGCCCCUCGGCGACAGCAGCAACGCGGUCGUCGCGCCGCCGACGGCGUCCGCGACGUCGAGCCCGGGCAAAUCCAUCGAGGACAUCUACCAGAAAAAAACCCAGCUCGAGCACAUCCUCCUGCGCCCGGACACGUACGUCGGCAGCUGCGAGAAGACCGAGGCGCUGACGUGGGUGUACGACAAAGAGACGAACAAGCUCGUGCAGCGGAACAUGAGCUUCGUCCCCGGUUUGUACAAGAUCUUCGACGAGAUUCUCGUCAACGCGACGGAUAACAAAGUGAGAGACCCGACGAUGGUGACCUUACGCGUGGACAUCGACAGCGCGGAGGGCACGAUCAAGGUGUUUAACGACGGCAACGGCAUCCCGGUCGAGAUGCACAAGGAAGAGGGCGUGUACGUCCCCGAGCUCAUCUUUGGGCAUCUGCUGACGUCGUCCAACUACGACGACAACGAGAAGAAAGUCACCGGCGGACGAAACGGCUACGGCGCGAAGCUCGCGAACAUCUUCUCCACGGAGUUCAUCAUCGAGACCUGCGACGGCGCGCGCGAGCGUCGAUACCGUCAGGUGUUCAAGAACAACAUGGGCGAGAAGUGCGAGCCGGUCGUGACGAAGUGCAAGAAGAGCGACAACUGGACGUGCAUCACGUUCAAGCCCGACCUCUCGAAGUUUAACAUGACGCACCUCGAGGACGACACCGUGGCGCUGAUGUGCAAGCGCGUGUACGACGCCGCGGGGAACAUCGGGAAGAACACGAAGAUUUUUCUCAACGGCGACCGCUUGAAAGUCAAGGGGUUCAGCGAUUACGUCGACCUGUACCUCGAAGGCCGCGAAAACGCGCCGAAGGUUUUCGAAAAAGUCAACGACCGCUGGGAAGUCUGCGUCACGAUCAGUGACACCGGGAACUUCCAGCAGUGCUCGUUCGUGAACGGCAUCUGCACGAUGAAGGGCGGGACGCACGUCAACGCGGUCGCUGACGACGUCGCGACGAAGCUCCUGGAGAAGAUCAAGAAGAAGGAAAAGUCGUGCAAAAACUUGAAGUCCACGCACGUGAAGAACCACCUCUGGGUGUUCGUCAACGCGCUCAUCGAGAACCCGGCGUUCGAUUCGCAGACGAAAGAGACGCUGAACACGCGCGCGGCCAACUUUGGGAGCAAGUUCUCCGCGUCCGACGCCGUCAUCAAGAAGAUGAUGUCCAGCGGCAUCGUCGAGCAGAUUUUGUCUUGGGCGUCGUUUAAGCAGUCCAAGGAGCUGAAGAAGAACGACGGCGCGAAAAAGACGCGGCUCACGGGUAUCCCGAAGCUCGACGACGCGAACGACGCGGGCGGGAAGAACUCCGAGCACUGCACGCUGAUCCUCACCGAAGGCGACUCCGCGAAGGCGCUCGCCGUGAGCGGGCUGUCCGUCGUCGGCAGGGAUCGCUACGGCGUGUUCCCCCUGCGAGGGAAGCUUCUCAACGUCCGCGACGCGAGCCACGAGCAAAUCAUGAACAACGCGGAAAUUUCGUACAUCAAGCAGAUCUUGGGGUUAAAGCACGGGAUCCAGUACGAGUCCGCGAAGUCGCUGCGGUACGGGCACAUCAUGAUCAUGACGGAUCAGGAUCACGACGGGUCGCACAUCAAAGGCUUGCUCAUCAACUUUCUUCACGCGCACUUCCCGAGUCUGCUGAAGAUUCCCGGGUUCCUCGUCGAGUUCAUCACGCCGAUCAUCAAAGCGACGAAGGGGAAGAAGUCCGAGGUGUUCUACACGAUGCCGGAGUACGAGAACUUCAAGGAGUCCCUCGGCGACGCGGGCACGAAAGGCUGGAGCAUCAAGUACUACAAAGGUCUCGGGACGUCCACGUCCAAAGAGGCGAAGGAAUACUUCGCCGCGCUCGCGCACCACAGGAAGACGUUCACGUGGUCGGACGACAACAGCGGCGACCUCAUCGACAUGGCGUUCAGCAAGAAGAGGGUGGACGACCGCAAGCAGUGGCUCACCGCGUAUGAGCCCGGGACGUUCCUGGACAUGACCGGCGACGACGUCGGGUACGACGACUUUGUCAACAAGGAGCUGAUUUUGUUCUCGCGCGCGGAUUUGAUGCGUUCGAUUCCGUCCGUCGUGGAUGGGUUUAAACCGUCGCAGCGCAAGGUGCUGUUCUCGUGCUUCAAACGCAAGCUCAAGAGCGAUAUCAAGGUUGCACAGCUCAGCGGUUACGUCUCCGAGCACAGCGCGUACCACCACGGCGAGGCGUCGCUCGCGAGCACCAUCGUCGGCCUCGCGCAGGAUUUCGUCGGCAGCAACAACGUGAACCUCCUCGUCCCGUCGGGGCAGUUCGGCACGCGGCUCCAGGGCGGCAAGGACCACGCGUCGCCGCGUUACAUCUUCACGAGGCUCGCGCCGAUCUGCCGCGCGAUCUUUCCGGAGGCGGACGACGCGCUGCUGGAUUACAUCAACGAGGAUGGCCAGGUCAUCGAGCCGGAUUACUACCUCCCGAUUUUACCGCUCGUGCUCGUGAACGGCGCGGAUGGGAUCGGGACGGGUUGGUCGACGUCGAUCCCGAACUACAACCCGCGGGAUUUAACGGAUAACAUCCGUCGGUUACUCAACGACGAAGAGCCGGAACGCAUGCAUCCGUGGUACCGUAACUUCAACGGCUCGCUCACGGAGGAGAUCGUCAAGGGCGAGAUUCGAUACCACAUCAGCGGCGCUUACGAAAUCGUAAACGAGACGACGCUGAUGAUCAGCGAACUCCCGAUUCGCUCGUGGACGACCGACUACAAGGAGUUUUUGGAGAACAUGAUGAACCCGAAGGAGAAGAACGCCACGCCGUUCAUCACGGACUACAAGGAGCAUCACACGGACACGACCGUGCACUUUGUCGUGACGAUGACCCCGGAGAAGAUGGCGCAGGCUCAAAAAGAAGGCAUCGAGAAGAAGUUCAAGCUCUCGUCCAAGGUGAGCACGUCGAACAUGCACUGCUUCGACGCGAACGGGGGCAUUCAAAAGUACUCGAACCCGGAGGAGAUCAUGAAGGCGUUCGUCCCGCUGCGUCUGAAAGCGUACGAGAAGCGCCGGACGAUGCUCAUCCGCCAAGCCGAGUCCGAGCUGAAGCGUCUCGCGAACAAGACGCGAUUUAUCCUCGCCGUCGUCGACGAGAAGCUCUCCAUCGGCCGCAAGAAGAAGUCAGCGCUCGUCGAGGAGCUCGAGUCGCUCGGUUUCGACAAGAUGACCAAGACGCAAAAGGUUUCCGCGGCGAUCGACGAGAUUGCGGAAGGGGACGAAGAAGCCGCGGAUGCCGUCGAGUCUGGCGCAAACUACGACUACCUCCUGUCCAUGCCGCUGUGGAACUUGACCCAGGAGAAGGUGGACGAGCUCGUCACGGAGAAGGAGUCGAAAGAAGAGGAAGUCGCCGCGCUGCACGCGACUACGGACAAAGAGCUCUGGAUCAAAGACCUGGACGCGUUCGAGGAAGCGCUCAUGGCGUUUGACAUCGAGGACGCGAAGCAAGCGGCGGAUCUCGCCAAGCAGCAACGCGCCGCCGCGCGCAACGCGACCAAGGCUGGGAAGAAGGCGCUCGCGGCGAAGAAGAAGAAAGGGAAGAAGAAGCAGUGGGACAGCGAAGACGAAAGCAGCGAAGAGGAGGAAGAGGACGACUGGAGCGACGACGACGAUUUCGUGGAGGUCAAGCCGAGGAAGCGCGCGCCCGUGAAGCUCGCCGUGGUGAAAGCCGCGGCGGAGAAGCCCGCCGUCGCGAAGGCGGCGGCGGCGGCGGUGAAACCCGCCGAUAUCGCGGCUGCCACUGCAGCCCCGGCGCCGCCGGCGGCGAUUCCCGAACCCGUGGAGGACGUCGACAGCGACGAAGACGAGUUCGCGCCGAAGCUGUCCCUCGCGGAGCGGCUGUUGCGGCGCGCCGGGGAGAACGGCGCGGCCGCGGCGCGGCCCGUCGCGGCGCCGGCGCCGGCGAAGGCGAAGCCUGCGCCCGUGGCGACGAAGCCGCCGCCCGCGGACGGCGCGUUCGACUUCACCGAGGAGGAGAACGACACGCCGCCGAAGAAGAAGCCCGCGGCCGCGGCGAAGAAGCCCGCGGCGAAGAAACAGACUCUCGCCGCGGCGGCGACGAAGGCAAAGGCGGACACGCCAAAGGCGAAAAAGUCGAAGAAGGCUGCGGACUCGGACGACGAGUCCGAUUUCGGAUCGAGCGACGAGGAGGACGAGAUCGUCGCGUCCGUGAAGCCGCGAUCCGUGGCCGCGAGACGCGGGGGCGCCGCGCGGGUGGUGUACGCCGAGGACAGCGAGUCCGAGGAGGACGAGGACGAGGACGCCGAGGACGAGGACGAUUCUGACUUUGAGUGA